GUCUCCCCUCUCUCAGGAGUCAGAGAGAGUGAGGGUGCGUAAGAGAGAGUGAGAGACAGAGGGAGAGAGAGAGCGAGAGAGAGAGAAACAGUGAGAGAGAGAGAGCAGUUUAAGCAGCAGCAGCAGCAGCUGGAGGCAGGGAAAGUCAGGGCUCGUAUAUCGCACUGUUUGAGGAUCUUUUCCCCCCUCCCCUCCACUCUCUCUCCCUGGGACACUAAUCCGAAGAAGCGGGCAGUGUGCUGUGUGCAAGACAGAGGAUCGCCAUGGGAACCCCCGUGCCUGGAUGUGCCGCGCUGGUUCUGUUUCUUGUCCUGACCCUGGGGCUGGAGGAGCGGGCGGAGGGAUGCAGCUGUAGCCCAGCACACCCGCAGCAGCAGUUCUGCAACUCCGAGAUAGUCAUUCGUGCUAAGAUCUCAGGGGAGAAGAUUGUGUCUCCAAGCAACAACUCUUCGCCCUACCUGAAGAUGAUCCAGUAUGAGAUUAAAUUAAUCAAGAUGUUCAAAGGUUUUGAGAAGGUUAAGGACAUCCAGUAUGUCUACACAUCUGUCUACUCCUCAUGUGGGGUCCAGCUGGACUCCAGUAACAAGGUUCAGUACCUGCUGUCAGGCAGCAUGUGGAAUGACGGGAAGGUCUCCAUCGGAUUGUGCGACUUCAUUGAACCCUGGGACAACCUCUCUUUGUCCCAGAAGAAAAACCUCAACUACAGAUAUCAGAUGGGCUGCGACUGCAAAAUUACCACAUGCUACACGGUUCCUUGCACCACCACCACGGAGAACGAGUGCCUGUGGACGGACUGGCUGCUGGACAACAGCCUGAGUGGGGACCAGGCCCGGAAGUUUGCCUGCAUCAAGCGCAGCGAUGGCUCCUGCAGUUGGUACCGGGGGGGCGCCCCCCCAGAGAAAGACUUCAUGGACAUGUCUGACCCCUGAGCAGGGGGUCCUGGGGCUGUGGGGCUCCACAGAGACACUGUAGAUUCUUUCAUGUUCCCUCCUUCCUUCUUGCUCUACUCCCCGGAACUAUCGCUGCUCAAUGCACCCUUUUCAUUGUGUUCUGGGGCCCCCUGGGGCCCCUUCUCUUCACUGGUACAAAUCCAUGAGGAAGCCAACCAGAAGUUGGACUUUCUCAUGUACAGUUUUCAUGAAGGGAAACAUGAAGGGAAGAGGGACUUGGUUCCAUCAUGUCUGGGUACUUUACCACUCUUAGUGACAAAGCUGAAUGCCUAGAUCACCUUAGCGCUUUUGCACCCUUGCUUCAGUUUGAUAUUGUGCUCUGUAAAGCUGGGACUCUCGCGGGAUAUGUGACCAGUUCUUUUUUCUUUUGAAAUAGAAGAACCCAGGUCAAGUGUUCUUAUUAACUGCUUUGGCCUACACGUAUACACUAUGAACAGCACAAUAGCCCCAAAUUCUUAAUGAAAAGCUUCCAUUUCAAAUGCCACAAACCAAUAUUCAAAUAGAGUUCCAUAUAUAUGAAAAUGAGUUCAAUUUCACUCUGAUCACUGAGACCAUAUCAAGAAUGUACAGUACACUUGUAUUCAUUCACAUCAUAAGACAAUGAUUUCACGAUGGCAUAAACAUAAUGACACUAAUUCUUAGUCAUGGGUUUUAAUCUUGACAACUGACCAAAUACAUCUGAUUAAUAAGCUUCAUAUCAUCUCUUUGAGAAAAAUGGCUUUGGGAAGCACCCUUAUUAUGAUUCCCUGAAUGACCAAUAUGACAUAUCUGUUUACACAUCUAUAUAUGAUUUGAGUGAAUAUAUCUAUGUAGGAUAUGAGCUGGCCCUUUAACACACAUUUAUAUGUGCUUUAUGAGAAUGUAUAUAUUUGUAUGGCAAUUAACAAUUUAAAUGUUAACAGAUAAAAUAUUACACAGUAGUCUUGUGUUUUGUAUAGUUUACAGUAUACCCAGUACAUAAUUGAUGUUUCCUUGGUAUUUGUACUUUGUGUGGCAUUGCCAUGUGUUCUUGUAUUAUUGUACUCUGUAAAAUUUCUUUUCUUGUGCCAAAAAGCUAAUACAUUGCUUUCACAUAAGCGUCAGCAGUAAUCAUGUGUGUGAAGUGUCAGUAGCAAAUUAUUUUAUAUACAAAGGGACAUUUGUAUGGGUAUUUAUGAGUCUUUUGCUGUUAAUACAUAGUUUGAAUUUUCUAUUUUAUUGUACCAAAUAUAUUGUUUAUAAAAGUCUUUCAAUAGAGAACCUCAAUAUACUUAA